CGAGCUUGAGAUUGCCGACAUUCAAAAGCAUUAUGAACAACAAAAGGAACGGCAAAUGCAGUACAUCACUGAGCGAUGUAGAAGCAUUCGGAAUUCGCUUUCUCGUCUUCUCGUUCAGCCUGAAGAGCUUCCUUCACUGGUGGCUGGCAUUGAAAAUUUUUUAUUAGAAUUCCCUGGAUUUGUUGCGCUUCAACAAAAGAACCAGUGGAAUAACACGACUAAAAUUCUUGAUGAUGAAAAGUUUAUCCUUCAAGCUCAACUUAGAGAGACGACUGCAAAGAACGCAGAGCUCAUUCGGCAGUUGGAAUCUGUAGAAGAAAAAUUUAAGCAGACUGAGAGAAGCAUGGGAAAAGCUAAAGUUCUAGUCGAAAUGCUUAACCACGAGAGAGACACUACGUGGGUCCCCCUAGAGGCUAAACAAGUGCAACUUGUUAACGAAAUUCGCUUGCUUAAGCAGUCGCUCUCUGCUUCAGAAACGUCUUUGGAGCGGGCAAAUCAGGAGCAGAAGUCUCUCGAAGAGGAAUUGCUAGAAAAAGAGAAAGCGCUGGCUGUCCUUCGAGGCGAGCUGGAGUGUCUCCAGACAACGUUGGCGCGCAGGGAAACGGAGUGGAGAACGGCCACAGAAAAGGUUGAACAGUUGGAAAGACUUACCGGCCAGCAGCAGCAGAAAGUAGCACAGCUUGAAAAAGAGUUGGCUCGAAACGCACAUGUUAAUAAAAAAAUGCGCGAGCAAAAAGCCAUGCUUGAGGCUUCCGUUUUAGAGACCAACAGGCGUGCUGAGGAGCUUUAUAGGAAUCUUGAAGCUGCCCAGGAGACCCUUUCCUCUAAGGAAGGCCAACUGCAAGAAGAAGUUCACUUGCGCCUGCAGUUGCAAAAAAUAAAAGGCGAACUAAAAGCCCAACACGAGAGAUCUGUGGCUGAGGCCGAUAAUUUUCGAGCUCUGAUAGGGUAUUUUGCUCCGCAGAUACUUGACAAUAGUUGUACGGAAUAUACCCUGCAACAGGUCCUUCACGUUUCUGUUGACCUAAAAAACAGCCUUAAUAAAAAAACGGCUCAACAAAAGUCAGCUAUAAAAUACCUCAAUAAUUACGCCUUUGAAUUUCUGCAUGGCUUGGAAGUCCAGCAAACCUUGCAAAAGACUAUUGAGGAAAAAGUACAGAAGAUUGCAGGAAUAGAAAAGUUGGUCGCAGAGCAGUUUGACAAAAUUCUUGAAGAAAGAAAGGGUACAGCCGUAGAAUUGGAUUUUAUUAGAGAGGAAAACAAGAAGCUUAUGCAAGUAAAUCAACAUUUUAUUAACUUAACCAAAAAGUUGGAGCACGAGAAAGCAGCCCUCGAAAGCCAAAUGAUUGCCAAUAUGACUGAUAUUACUCGCCAGAACGAAAAGCUGACGACUUUUGCGGUGACCAGUAAGAACACGCGGGAUGCAGAAGUUCAGCAGUUGCAGAGUGAACGAGAGUUUUUGGCUAGAGAAGUUCUCUCGUUAAAAAAACAACUUAACGAGGAAAGAGAGAAGAAUACCGCCAUACAGACAGAAAUAGAAGUCGCCAAUAGCGCUGUACUCCGCUUAAGCCAACCGUCUAGGACCCCGGCGGUUGGUCCUUGCGACUCUUGCGGCGCAUUCACUCGUCAAAUAGAAGACUUGAAUCACCAAAAUUCCGUUCUACGGGUGGACUGUGAUGAUUUGAAGGCCCGUUACGAGCACGUGAUAUCCGCCUAUGAAUGCGUGAAGGAUGAAAACGAAACUCUUUACGCAGAGCAAAGGGAUCUGCUGGAUAAGUACCAUCGACUAUCUGAAGAUUUACGUGAACUUUUGCAUUAUCACCAUAAACAAAGAGAGACCCACAAUUUCGCUUUUCAAACUCUUAAAAAUAAGUAUGAGUCUCUCGAUCCGGACGAUUACGAGCUUCAAAAAGUCCGAGUACGAGAGCUUACAAGUGAGCUUGAUACUGUCUUGCUUUCCAGAAAAGAAGCACUAGACAAAUACAACUCCUGCCAGUCUGAGUUGCAAAAGGCCAUCCAGCGCAUUGACGAAUUGCAAGCAGUCAUCCGACAGUAUCAUCAAAUUGAUUCGCUACUUGACAGCUCGGAUCUUAAUUCAACUGAAAUUUAUUUAAACAAGUUGAUAGACUUGGACCAGUCCGAGCAACUUUCUCUCUCCCGGGACGAUGCUCGCAUGUCCGCCGUGACUAAUAUUAUUGAAGAGCUGAAAGACGCUCGUCCUAUGAGAGAAGCCGUUGCUCUUCUGUGGACUCUAUAUAAAAGUAGUGAUUCGGUAUUACCCGAUUCAUUAGACUCUACAGCCUUCCCGGAAGGGAAAAUAAACAAAUCUUCUGUGCUUCAGGAGGCGUCCAACGAGGAAAAUGAGCAUAAAAAGGAGAUGAAUCAGCUUCAGGCAACUAUUGCUUAUAUAAAGAAUGUCAUGCUUGAGGAGCAAGAAGGAGCUAACAAAACUAUUGUUGAUCUUAAAAGCCAUAUAUUGAAACUUGAAGAAGAAGUUGCCAAAACGCAAGAACUUUUAUUGGAAAAAAUGAAAAGCACUGACGAGUUGACUAAGCAAAACAACUCACAAACAAUGCCGAAAGUUGAAUAUGAUAAUCUUUUAAGAGAUUUGGAACGCUGUAAAAAAGAGUUUUCCAAUUUAAAGGAAGAAGAGGCCAUAUAUAAGGAGGAGGCAGCUGAGUGGCAUGACGAAAGGAAGCUGCUUCUCCUAAAGUUGGAAGAGUAUAGUACAAAGGAAGAAACUUUUAAAGAGGAGAUUAAGCGUUUAGUUAAUAAUAGUAAUAAAGGAGAGGAGCUUUUACUUGAAAAAUUGCGGACUCAGAAAGAUGAGUACGAAAAAAUAGUGGAAGGACUCAAAAGAGAAAGCGAAGUUUUAAACGAAGAAUAUAAAAGACUUAGUACUGAAUAUGAAUUUUUGAAAUGCCAAUUAAUAGAAUCCAAAAGGGAUACCCUCGAAACCAAGGAGAAACUCGCUCAGAUAGAGAUGCUAGAGGCCCGUCUGCGGCAUGAAUUCGAAGAACUGAGGAAAGAAAAUUCCGACCUCCACUGGAAUAACACUUGUUUAAAUGAAAAACUUGCCUCGUUAGAAAGGGAUAAAAACCUUUUAGAACAAGAUGUUAUUGAUAUUCCUUUAUAUAAAGAACAUUUAGAAAAACAACAAAAACAACUAAAUCUGGUGUUAGAAGAAAAAGAGGUAUUAAGCAGGGAACUAAAUGAACACAAAAAAGAGCUUUCGCGUAUUAAAAAAGAAACAGAAGAGAUUAUUGAACAAAUGGAAGUCGCUAAUACUCAACAAAUAACAACAUUUGUACAGAAAACUCAGGAAUAUAUCGCUCUGCUUAGUCGAUACGAAGAAAAGGCUAAACGAGACCACGUGAGCAUCGCUGCGCUUAAGCACAACCAGGAAGCCCUCUUGGGUGCCCUCGAUUACGCCACAAAACAAAAACUCGGUUUUUUGGAAACCACUAAACAAUUUACAAAGGGAAGCAAAAUAUCUUUUAAAGCAGUGGCACUGGCCGUGGUCUUUGCUGUUAAACUUGAAAAAACUUCUAAAAUUCUUCGAGAAAGUUCUGCUAAAACCAAAGAACCUUUAUACUAUCUUUCUUACGUACAUCCCCUCACGGAAUCUACAAAACACAUUAAUUCGUGCCCUUCGCGCGAGACAAAUCAACUCAAAAAAAUGCUUGAAAAAACUUCUGGUUUUCCAGAAGCUCGACGCCCCGCAAAAGUCUCCAAAUUGCGGCAGAAAAUUGUAGAACUUAUGAAAUGAAAACAUAAAUAUGAAGCCUAACAUCUUUGUAAGUGAAGGGAGAACAGAAAAAGUUCCAGUGCUAAAAAAUCGU